GGCGAAAAUGGCAGACGACGUGAGUGGGAACCCAAGUGGGGUCAGUGAGACCUUAGACUUUAGUUUGGAAGAGCUUGAUGAUAAAGAGUUUGAUCUUCCAUCCAUUGACACUGUUCCGACUCUGGAGAGUAUCCUGAAUGAGCCUGAUAAUGAAUCAGUCUUGGAUGAUGAAGAUCUCGCACCGGUACAACUCAUUCAUGGAGACUCACUGGAAACAUCGUCUGUAUCAAGCCAGGAAAGUUUGCUAUCUGAUCGAACAAGGAAAAAAGAUCGGAGCCAUCGCACGCUUCUCCAGGAGACACAUGGCUCCAUCCUGCGACCCAGCAAACUGAAGAACAUCUCUGCCCAGUUACUCUCAGCAGCUGAUAGAGUUGAUGCUGGGAUGCCAACGGCCAUGGCUGUGUCAAACCUGAUUGCUGUAGGCACCUCUCAUGGCUUAGUUCUGGUGUUUGAUCCAAAGCAGGUGUUGAAGUGGUGUUUGGGAAGUACGGCUGUAGGCGCUCAGUACGGAAGUGUGUCAUCUCUCAGCUUCAACAGAGACUGUACCAGAUUACUGAGUGGCUUUGCUAAAGGACAGAUCACAAUGUGGGACCUAACAACAGGGAAGCUUUUAAGGACGAUCACAGAUGCUCAUCCUGCUGGCACAGCUGUACUCCAUGUCAAAUUCACAGACAGUUUCACAGUGGCAGUGUGUAGUGACAGUGGAGGAUCUGUGUUUGAGCUUGAAUUCAAACGCUUAAUUGGUGUGCGUACCUGUGACUCCAGGUGUCUCUUCUCUGGAAGUCGUGGAGAAGUGUGCAUUGUUGAACCUCUACACAUGAACCUCACAAUCAAGGACCAUCCCAUGCAGGAUGUCAUGAUUCUUGCCAUGGGCACAUUAUCUAAGGUGUUAUUGGUGUCCCUGAAGCCACAGUUGAAGGUUAUGUUUACUCACCCACUCAAGGGUGACUCAUCAACUCUUCCGCUGCUCGCCUGGCAGUUUGUCAUCAUCCAGGUCUCUGAACGGGACAGAGUUAUUGACCCUGUUUUAGCGUUUGCCAGGGAUUCUGCCAUUUACUUCUACCAGGUUGUAUGUAACACUCCACAAGACAUCAAGUGUCAAGGCCUACAGAAGAUGGAGGUGCCCUACAGACUAUUGUCUAUACAGUGGAUGAACCCACGGACACUGGUGUGCCUGGACACAGCUGAGAAACUUCAUGUGAUUGAUGUGAGGUCAGAAGAAGAACUAGAGGUGAUUGACAUCUCUGAUGUUCAGCUGGUGUAUGGUUCCAGUCACUUCAAGUCUUUAGCAACAGGAGGCAAUGUUAGCCAAGCUUUGGCGUAUGCAGGAGGCCAAGCAUGUUAUCAGUCAGUCGUCAGCUACUCGGGACAGCUGUUUCUACUGGGCACUAAAACUGUACAUGUCAUGUCACUAAGGACCUGGAGAGAGCGGAUCGAUGUCUUGGUGAAGCAGAAUCGCUAUCGGGAUGCCCUGGCCUUAGCGCUGUCGUUUUAUGAGGGUCGAGCAAAAGCGGUUCUUGGACUGUCAGGCUCACCACAGAAGAAAAGGGAAACAAUUGCAGAGUUGAUGCUGGACCUGCUAUUUGAGUUUGUAGACUUGUCUAUGACACAGUUUUGUCCUGAUCAGGGGAAGGUUGAGGAACUUGAAGAAUAUUACCAGACCGUGGUGCCAGUGUGUGUUGACUACUGUUUACAUUUAGGAAGGACAGUGAUCCCAAUUGCCAACUACAUGUUGGUUGUAUCAGGCUUUGGAUACAUCACAAACAUCAUGAGGAGCACUUCUUACAGUGAGGAGGAAAAGUUCACCUUGCAGAAGCAGGCCAUGGCCAAAUUACAGGAGCUGGUAGAGAUAGAUUGUAAGCAAGCCGCUCAGAUGGUCAUCACCGGAUUCGCCACUAAUCUCAAUGAUAUUGUGGCUAAACUUUCCAAUAACCGUAAACUACAGUUCCAGUUUCUCCAGGGUGUCAUCUUAUAUAAAGAUACAUCAGGAAGUGCUAUUAACACAGAUCGUCAGAUCAGCAUAGAUCCAGAGAUUUAUGAGCUCUACAUUGACCUGCUGUGUCAGUUUAAGCCUGGGGAUGUUGCAAACUAUGUGAAGAUGACAGAAGGCUACAGACUGGAACAAACACUGGCGAUAUGUCGCCGUCACAAGAUCUCCGAUGCCAUGGCGUUCCUUCUGGAGAAAGCUGGAGAUGUACAAGGAGCCUUUAGUAUUAUCUUAGAGAAUUUACAAGGCAAGCUGAAAGCAGUAACAGAAGUUCUACAAGAUCCUAGUCAGUCUGGCAAAGACCUGACUGUGGAGUUAGGAGAGGUUCAGGCCGUGCUACUGGUUAUCAUACAACUCUGUCAGAGAAAUUCAAACAAGAUGGACGAAGCAGGAAGGGAGGCUCUGUGGUUCCCUCUUCUGGAAGCUAUGAUGUCACCUCAAAGAAAAAUCAAAGAUGUAGCAGAAAAACGUUAUGUUGACGAAGUUAAAGAGCUCACUCACCAUGUGUUGAACAGUAUGAUGGGAUACAUUGCACUGCCAGCAAUUUUACAGAAGAUCAUGCAGGACCCAGCCUAUAACACAGGUAAAUUUGGGGAGGUAAAAGAGCUGAUUUUGGGAAUGCUGGAAACAUAUAAUUAUGAAGAGACAUUAAUGACGACCUGCAAAAAUCUUAUGUAUCAUGACCUUCACCUGCAUUUGAGUCACCUGACUGCGGUUGCUGGGCGGAGCUAUAUUGCUCGACAACAACAAUGCAAUAUGUGCUCCAAACAUUACAGUGGCAUCUUGGAAUCGGAAGCCAUUAUUGUGUUCAGGUGUGGCCAUAGUUACCAUACCAACUGUCUCCAAAGUGUGGGGUCAGUUCACUUGGUAGAGGGGGAGGAGGUGUGGGUGUGUUACUUGUGCAGUAACAUGAAAAGAGGACGUCUUCACAGCACAAGGUUUCACAGGGCCUUGUUAACCCCCUCAGGUUCACAAUCCAUUCCAAGAACAGACACAAAUAACCAGUCAAAGGAGUUUUCCAUUGACCCUCAAGCCAUUGAAGCUUUUGAGAACUUCAGACGCAGCAUGAAGACACCGUCUAGGUUGGCAAUUUUAAUGGAAUUGUCCAAGUCUGGAGCUGGAACGAAACUGGGACAUUCCAGGACACCUACAAGCAUUCUUCAGAACGAACGAUUCCAGCUUCGCUUGGCCCCACCGCCUCUAGAAUCAUCAUGAAGACUGACGUAUUGAGUGGCCGGUUAAGACAUGGUGCAUUAAAAAUGAUUAUAUAUGUAUCUGCAAACAGACUAGAGAACCACUGAUAUAGUAAAGUACUUAUUCUUGGCUGGUCGAUGAAUGUGAUGUCACGGGUGGGGGCCAUGUUUAAAUAGGCACAUGUACAGUAUCACUCAACCAUGUUUUGAUAUUCGUCUCAGAGCUGGUAGACAUUGUUCAGGUGUGAUCAAAACUUUAAUUGAUUUGAUGCAAAUAUUUAAAAAGGCUAUACCAGAACGGUAGAUUUUUGGCAAAAAAAAUAUUAGCGCGCUUGUAAGCAAAUUUUUGCCAUUUUAUAGCCCGAAUAACGGGAGACAGUGGGAAGUUAUCGCCCUUGUCGCCGGUAGGUGUCAGAGAGCUUAACUUGGCGUCGCGUUUACGUGUGGCAGCACUUUCGGUAGGAGUUGCGGUGUCUUUGCUGACGAGUUUUGUAGCUUUUAUCGGUAUCUUUGUUGGCAGUAAGCAUGUCUGACUAAAAACGUAUUAAGUGAGAGGUAUGUUGUAUAUGUUGUAAUUGUAACUUGUACUAGUUCAAU